AUGGACGCCUGCAACGCGCCGUGGAUCGCUACCAGCUACUGCUGGCUCGACUUUGAUCGGCAAAUCGAGAUGGCCAACACACUUGGUCGUCAAGCGCGAUGUGACGCCAAGUACCAUAGUAAUGGCGCUGUCUACUUGGAGUCGAUUCUCAGAAAUGUCGACUGGCCCACGUUUGAGUCGUGCUGGGGCACCUCGUUUGAGAUUGGGGUCGCAAAAGACAUUGGCUCGCUCAAGCCCAACGGUGCUGUCUGGCUAAAGUCUCUGACCAGUGGCUCCCGCCUCUCUGUCGUCGAUGAAGCCAAGUUGUGGCAGUCGCUGGGUCUCAUGACGUAUACGACGCAGUGGCAAAACUACAAGGCACUCGGCCUCCAUGACGUUUUCUCAAUUGAGAACGCUUUUGUCCAAGAACGGCUCGUAUCAGUCGUCCAUGUCGACGUCGUGGAAGACAUAUUGGACGUUUGCGAGUGA